AUGCAAACUAUAGCGGCACCGCGUGUGCCCCCUCGACCUUCUCCACGGCUAAAUAAUGUGCCAAAUACAUCUAGACCUCCUCCUUCUUUCAUUAACAGGAGCGUAGAUAAAAAUAAAGAGCCUACAGGAGUUUUAAUUCACCAUGUAUUCAAGAAACCUAGAACAAUGGUAUCAGGACUUCCUUCUUAUUCCUCUCAGUUAGAAGAUGAUCACACGAGUUGGUGUACAAUGGCUCUCUGGACUGACGAAUACGUGAAAGUUCUGAUUGAAGGAACUCCCAAGAAUGUUAAUUCUGAAUUGGAAUUAAAAUUUAGUACGAAAAUAUGUGUUCAAAUAGAUCUGAAAGAUUCUGACGGAGUUAUAUUAGAUAGAUAUAGGAAUGAUCGUUUACACGAGUUUCUUAAAACUGAACACUCGAGCAAAUUUGAAUCGAUUGCACUUGCUUCUUUCAAUUUGAAAGCCAAACCAACUACAAAUACACUGGAAGUCAGUGUGAAGAUGUUGCAUAACUCAAAUAACAAUGGUCUCGUACCGGAUAGGCCUAAGCCGAAUAACAAUCAAGGAUCACCUUCAAAUCCCCCUAGAAAACCGUUGUUUUGGAGGGAUUUUUACGAGUUAUUAGGAAAGCAAAAAGGCUUCAUAAAUAUACAUUUGGGGAACGAUAAAGCGGAAGAAAUUAUUGGUCCCUUCAAAUGGCGCUUUGUCUGUAAAAAAACUGGAAAUGAUUAUUCAUUAGAAGGGAGUUAUGAGUUUAUCUACGAUGAACAUAACUCGUCUUCGUGGAACCUAGACUGCAAGAUUCAGCUUGAUCAAGGAGAAGUUAAAGAUCUUUUAAUUACGAACAAAUCAAAAAAUGGCAAGAUUCCAACUUUCCAAUUCAAACAUUUUUCGAAUGUCGAAUGUGGAAAGCAGAUCAGCAUAGUUCUAUCCGAAAUCGUAGAAAAACUGAAAGACCAUCCGAAAACUAUUAUUAGACACCAUCAGCAUCGGGAUCAUGAUGUUGUAGUCCGUUCAGGAAGAGAGAAAUUCUACAUACAUAGUCAAAUUUUGAAUAUUCACUCUGAGACUUUAUUGAGGAUGGCUAAGCCUAUGCCAAAUCAGAAAAGAUUGAUAAAGGAAUUAGUUUUGGAUGAAGGUGGAAAUGCAAAAGCAGUUUACCUUUUCUUGCUCAUUAUGUACAACGCUGCAAAUACAGUACCAGAAGAAUUGGUCAGGAGCAUGUAUGAGUUAUCGGCAAAGUAUGAUGUUGCUGUUGCUUACCACGCUGCACGCACUUCCUGUUCAUCGAAUUAA